AUGGACGGAGCAGCACUGGUAAACUUGCUUAACCCCACAGGGAAAGAAAAAACAUUUUCCGAAUAUGCCUCAAAUAAGUUUAUUCCUUAUGUCACUGCUCAGCUUCAACAUGUGAAACGCAUUGAUAUUGUCUGGGACGAAUAGGUGGAGAACAGCCUGAAAGCAACAACUCGCAGCAAACGUGGAUCUGGAGUACGACUAAUCGCAGCUAAUUAUAAGCUUCCAAGAAACUGGAAAGAAUUCCUUCAUGAAGAUCAGAACAAGCAGGAGCUCUUUAGAUUCCUUGCACAAUGCGCUACUUCUGUUAACUCGGGUCAGAGACAGAUCUCUACGUAUGCAAGAGGCGUACUGAUGAGCCUUCCACGAGAUGAGACCUCUAGCCUGGCACCAUCCAUGAAGAAGCUGACACAAGAAUGUUUCUCCAUACUGCGGAUGCUAUCCAAUCCAGCUUCACCAAGAUCAGUACUGGCCGAGGCUCUGGUACAGAAGUUACAGGCGCUUGCUUCAGAGAGCAUCCAACUCUGGGUAGCAUUUGGUACUGGGGAACAUCUUCGCUAUCUUGCAGCCCACGAGAUUGCCAACACAUUUACUAACAACGCUGCACUUGCCCUACCUGCAUUCCACACAUUCGCAGGAUGCAAUACGGUGUCCUGUUUCUAUGGGCAAAACAAGAAGACCCCGCUGGACGCCUGGAAGAGUUUUCCAGAAGUCACCCCUGUGUUUAUCGCCUUGUCCAGAGCUCAAACAGAAAUAGCCGAA